AUGGUUCGCCAGAGAAGAGCCGCAUACGAGGCGUCCAUACAAACGCUUCAAGUGUGCCUUGAGCUCCGCAGGGGGUGUGAGCGUGAAUACAGGACGGAAUGGGUCGCCCACCCGCUGUCAACCGCCUCGUCGUUGCCUUCGCCCAGGAAGGCUCGCAAUAUAGGAUACCAACGGCACUGCACCCCAGCAGAACAGCAAAGUUUCCAUGGCAUAGAGGGCCACCAGCGAAUGCCGCCGUCUUCAAGCUCACCGCAAACUCCGCCCGAACCAAGUGCAUCAAAACAACAAGCUAUAGACAAGGACGACCCGAGUGUCCAUGCUUCUGUGGCCAGUCAUGAUAGGCAAGGGGCCAUUAGCCCAUCUUCGGAAAAGAACAAAAGGAAGGAGAGCGAUCAGAGGUCUUCACAACUAAAGCGCAGCCGUGCAAGACAGCCAAACCAAAACUCUGGUAUUUGCCGAGCGGAAGAUAGUGAUUUCCAAAGAGACCCGGCGCACCAGGCCGGUAGGCUAUGGACCCCUGGGGAGGGUGCGUCUGGUCCCCGGCGGACCGAUGCCAGGCGAUCCAGAGAGAAAGAUGGCGCAGACCUCCCCCGAGCAGGCUCUAAUCGGUCGUUCAAGCACCCGCGUCCCUCGGACUUUGAUAAUGCUGAGGUACUCAUCAAGCAGCUAGAAACUCGCCCUAUCAGCCAAGAACAACUUGUUGCUGAGGUGAAGGGUAUCUACGCUGGGCUCGUCAUGGUCGAGUCGAAGUGUAUCGAAGUCGACAACGCUCAAAGUUCAAAUAACGAGACCAAUCCCAAGCUCCAUAAUGAGCAGUGGCAGUCAUUGAUCGCUCUACAUCGAACUUUGCUACAUGAACACCACGAUUUCUUCCUUGCCUCUCAGCAUCCUUCGGCCAGUCCGGCAUUGCGACGGCUCGCAAGCAAGUACGCAAUGCCGGCACGCAUGUGGAGGCAUGGGAUUCAUUCAUUCUUGGAGCUUUUGCGUCAUCGUCUGCCCGCCUCACUCGAACAUAUGCUUACGUUCAUUUAUUUGGCGUACUCUAUGAUGGCUCUGCUUUACGAGACUGUUCCAACGUUCGAAGACACUUGGAUUGAAUGCCUCGGCGACUUGGGCCGCUAUCGCAUGGCUAUCGAAGAUGAUGAUCUCAAGGAUAGAGAGGUCUGGACCUCAGUCUCGCGCCAUUGGUAUUCAAAGGCUAGUGACAAGGCUCCUCAGACGGGUCGUCUUUACCACCACCUCGCUAUUUUGGCUCGUCCGAAUGCUCUUCAGCAGCUUUUCUACUACACCAAAUCUCUCUGCGUGCCAGUUCCCUUCCUGUCUGCUCGCGAGUCAAUCAUGACUCUGUUCGACCCGCAUCUCAACGGCACACAGACGAGGCUGCAGGACAUCGACGCAGCCUUUGUACGCGCUCAUGCAAUCCUCUUUUCGUGCAAGAACACCGAUCAACUCGCAUCGUCUAUCAACGAGUUCAUCGACAGCUUGGACAAUCACAUCGCACGUCACACUCGUCGCUGGCUGGAUAGCGCAUACUACAUUUCUAUCGCCUUGGGUUGCUCACUUCUAGAAUACGGCAGCGAGAGCAAUCCCAUUAUGAGAGCCAUCAAAUCAGGUAGAGCCGACGACGCAGACGUCCCAAUGGAAGGGGCUGAGACUGUCGCCGCUCCGACACAAAAAUUUCUAGACGCCCUGGAUUUUGCAGCUCGCACACAUGACGUUGUGUUGAGACGAUUCGGCGACGAGAAUAUCCGACCUUACCUACACGUCACCCUCUCACUCCUUCAGCAUUUGUCCCAGUUCCCUGCAGCGAUGGGGCUGAUAGAAGAGAAGAUGCCUUGGAAACUCAUCGCUUUACUCCUGAAUACUAUCAUGCCUGCGGAGAUGUCUCUUGAAGCAAUCAAGAUCAUUGAGUCGGAAGACUUCCCUCGGCCAGAUAAGGGUGAACCCCGUCCUCUGCCGGAUGACUUCGCGCAGCGGGGUCUUCUUUGGGUUGAUAAGUCCUAUCCUAGCGAUUGGUUCACAGCCACAAAGGUGGAUGACGACGAAAAGUAUUUCGAGGUUGCGUCAAUGAUGGAAGAACGCUCACAACGCUGUCUUUGGCUGGGUUGCCGACUAGCAACAUCGGGCAAGUGGUUGACGUACGACGAGGAAGCGAAGCAAUUCGGCGUGGUGUCGCAAUUCGAUGUGGAGAUUCCGGAUUUGGAUGCUUCGACCCCGCUCAAAGGAGACAACAGCGACGAUGUAAUCAUACCAGAUGCUCUAGCAUCAGACGAUUGA